AGAAGGAGGAAGAAGGGCCCUGCUGGUCACACAGGACCCAGACUGCGGUGGGGGUUUUCCCACCACCGCCCCGCCCUCCCUGGGGCCCCCACCUCACCCUCUCCCGGCGCCCUUCACCGUCAACCUGUCGGGCCGGGUCUGAGCAGGUCUGGAGGUGGGCGGGGAGCCCUGGCCUCCCCACCUCCUCCCGUCCCCACCCUGUUCCCAGCACUCAAGCCUUGCCACCGCCGAGCCGGGCUUCCUGGGUGUUCCAGGCAAGGAAGUCUAGGUCCCUGGGGGGUGACCCCCAAGAAAAAGGCAGCCUCCCUGCGCACCCGGCUGCCCGGAGCCCUCUCCAGGGCCGGCUGGGCUGGGGGUUGCCCUGGCCAGCAGGGGCCCGGGGGCGAUGCCACCCGGUGCCGACUGAGGCCACUGCACCAUGGCCCGCUCGCUGACCUGGCGCUGCUGCCCCUGGUGCCUGACGGAGGACGAGAAGGCCGCCGCCCGGGUGGACCAGGAGAUCAACAGGAUCCUCUUGGAGCAGAAGAAGCAGGACCGCGGGGAGCUGAAGCUGCUGCUUUUGGGAUCUCGCUCUGUCGCUCAGGCUGGAGUACAAUGGUGUGAUCUCCGCUCACUGCAAUCUCUGCCUCCCAGGUUCAAGCGAUUCUCCUGCCUCAGCCUCCUGCGUAGCUGGGAUUACAGGCGUGAGCCACCACACCUGGCUAAUUUUAUAUUUUUAAUAGAGACGGGGUUUCGCCAUGUUUACCAGGCCCAGGCGAGAGCGGGAAGAGCACCUUCAUCAAGCAGAUGCGGAUCAUCCACGGCGCCGGCUACUCGGAGGAGGAGCGCAAGGGCUUCCGGCCCCUGGUCUACCAGAACAUCUUCGUGUCCAUGCGGGCCAUGAUCGAGGCCAUGGAGCGGCUGCAGAUUCCAUUCAGCAGGCCCGAGAGCAAGCACCACGCUAGCCUGGUCAUGAGCCAGGACCCCUAUAAAGUGACCACGUUUGAAAAGCGCUACGCUGCGGCCAUGCAGUGGCUGUGGAGAGAUGCCGGCAUCCGGGCCUGCUAUGAGCGUCGGCGGGAAUUCCACCUGCUCGAUUCAGCCGUGUACUACCUGUCCCACCUGGAGCGCAUCACCGAGGAGGGCUACGUCCCCACAGCUCAGGACGUGCUCCGCAGCCGCAUGCCCACCACUGGCAUCAACGAGUACUGCUUCUCCGUGCAGAAAACCAACCUGCGGAUCGUGGACGUCGGGGGCCAGAAGUCAGAGCGUAAGAAAUGGAUCCAUUGUUUCGAGAACGUGAUCGCCCUCAUCUACCUGGCCUCACUGAGUGAAUACGACCAGUGCCUGGAGGAGAACAACCAGGAGAACCGCAUGAAGGAGAGCCUCGCCUUGUUUGGGACUAUCCUGGAACUACCCUGGUUCAAGAGCACAUCCGUCAUCCUCUUUCUCAACAAAACCGACAUCCUGGAGGAGAAAAUCCCCACCUCCCACCUGGCUACCUAUUUCCCCAGUUUCCAGGGCCCUAAGCAGGAUGCUGAGGCAGCCAAGAGGUUCAUCCUGGACAUGUACACGAGGAUGUACACCGGGUGCGUGGACGGCCCCGAGGGCAGCAAGAAGGGCGCACGCUCCCGACGUCUCUUCAGCCACUACACAUGUGCCACAGACACACAGAACAUCCGCAAGGUCUUCAAGGACGUGCGGGACUCAGUGCUCGCCCGCUACCUGGACGAGAUCAACCUGCUGUGACCCAGGCCCCACCUGGGGCAGGCGGCACCGGCGGGCGGGUGGGAGGUGGGAGUGGCUGCAGGGACCCCUAGUGUCCCUGGUCUAUCUCUCCAGCCUCGGCCCACACGCGAGUGAGUCGGGGGACGGACGGCCUGCUGCUGGCCGCUCUCUUCUCUGCCUCUCACCAGGACAGCCGCCCCCCAGGGUACUCCUACCCUUGCUUGACUCAGUUUCCCUCCUUUGAAAGGGAAGGAGCAAAACGGCCAUUUGGGAUGCCAGGGUGGAUGAAAAGGUGAAGAAAUCAGGGGACUGAGGACUUGGGUGGGUAGGCAUCUCUCAGGAGCCCCAUCUCCGGGGGUGUCACCUCCUGGGCAGGGUUCUGGGACCCUCUGUGGGUGACGCACACCCUGGGAUGGGGCUAGUAGAUCCUUCAGGCGCCUUCGGGCGUGGACUCUGGCGCACUCUAGUGGACAGGAGAAGGAACGCCUUCCAGGAACCUGUGGACUAGGGGUGCAGGGACUUCCCUUUGCAAGGGGUAACAGACCGCUGGAAAACACUGUCACUUUCAGAGCUCGGUGGCUCACAGCGUGUCCUGCCCCGGUUUGCGGACGAGAGAAAUCGCGGCCCACAAGCAUCCCCCCAUCCCUUGCAGGCUGGGGGCUGGGCAUGCUGCAUCUUAACCUUUUGUAUUUAUUCCCUCACCUUCUGCAGGGCUCCUUGCGGGCUGAAAUUAAAGAUUUCUUAGAGGCUGCGUCGCCAGCGUCCUGUUUA